AUGGCCGACAACAUCACAGUUCCCGUGGGGCAACCAAAUGUAAGAGACUGGGCAAAAUUUGAUGCCAUAUGUAGGUGAUUCUGGCAGAGACUGGGAAGUAAAAGCCGCCCUCAUGUACCGACACCGGACAAAGCGAAAAUCCGGCGUUUGGAACCCCUUCACGCUACCCCCUCUCCAUUGCGGAAACAGGGGACCUCCAAGAAGGGGAAAAUACAGAGUCCAGACUCACCUCAUGGAGCAUCACGACCAUACCCUGUAUGGGACAAUACCAACGGGCACAACAGAGGAGAGCACAGAGCUGUGAGACAGAGAUCCUCACCACUGCCAACACGCCGAGUCCCUGCAGUAGCUCUGAAAACAUACCCAAGCCUAUCCCACCGAUACGACAUGACCAAGCGGAGGCCCAUACAACCGGACAGCACAAGCAACGACCGGCGCAUUAA